UUAAGCCGCGGUGCAUGCCGGGCCGGCGCAUUGUUGCAGCUGGUGCCGCACGGGGUCUCCGGAGCAGCGAGUGCAGGGACCCCCCUCCCCCAACCCUGUGACUGAGCCGAAUCCUCGGGCCGACCGGGGGGCAGCAGCAUGUGCCGUGUCCGUGCCCGGGGGACAUCCGUGUAGGGAAGGGCCCAGCUCUCCCCAUGGCCUUCCCGGGCUCGGGCCGUUCCAUUCCGGGGCAGCUGUGCGCGGGGGUGUUCGGUGGUCUCAUCCAGCCCCCCCUGGGCCAAAAGUUCUACUGUCCCAAUGGGGGAGGGGCUGUUCCUUCGCCUUUACCCCAAGCUCUCAGCGCCCCCCAGUGUAACGGGGAAGGGAGAGACCCGGAGCCCGACAGGCCCAUCGGAUACGGGGCAUUCGGAGUGGUCUGGUCGGUGACGGACCCUCGGGAUGGCAAACGUGUUGCUCUCAAGAAGAUGCCGAAUGUCUUCCAGAACCUGGUGUCCUGCAAGAGGGUCUUCAGAGAACUCAAGAUGCUCUGCUUCUUCAAACACGACAAUGUUCUGUCUGCUCUGGAUAUUCUGCAGCCCCCCCAGAUCGACUGCUUUGAAGAGAUAUAUGUGAUCACAGAGCUCAUGCAGACUGAUCUGCACAAGGUUAUAGUGUCCCCCCAGCCGCUCAGCUCCGACCACAUCAAGGUUUUCCUCUAUCAGAUCCUACGCGGCCUGAAGUAUCUGCACUCUGCUGGGAUCCUGCACAGAGACAUUAAACCAGGGAACCUGCUUGUCAACAGCAACUGUGUUCUAAAGAUCUGUGACUUUGGUCUGGCCCGGGUGGAGGAACUGGAUGAGUCGCAGCACAUGACCCAGGAGGUGGUGACUCAGUAUUACCGGGCCCCUGAGAUCCUGAUGGGGAGCCGACACUACCGCAGUGCCAUUGAUAUCUGGUCUGUCGGCUGCAUCUUCGCUGAACUCCUGGGGAGAAGGAUCCUUUUUCAGGCCCAGAGCCCCAUUCAGCAGCUGGACCUGAUCACUGAUCUCCUGGGCACCCCCCCUCUCACCGCCAUGCGCUCGGCCUGUGAGGGAGCAAGAGCUCACAUUCUACGUGGCCCCCACAAGCCGCCGUCCCUCUCGGUCCUGUACAUGCUCUCGGGAGAAGCUACCCAUGAGGCUGUUCACCUCCUGUGCCGGAUGCUGCUGUUUGACCCGCUGAAGCGGAUCUCUGCCAAGGAUGCCCUGGCCCACCCCUAUCUGGAAGAAGGUCGCCUGCGCUACCACACGUGUAUGUGUCACUGCUGCUACUCCGUGUCCUCUGGGCGGGUCUACACUGCAGACUUUGAGCCCACGGCCACCAACCGAUUUGAUGACUCCUACGAGAAAAGCCUCACCUCUGUCUGGCAGGUCAAAGAGCUGGUUCAUCGCUUUAUCACUGAGCAGCAGCAGGGCAAGCGCCCCCCUCUGUGUAUUAAUCCCCACUCUGCAGCCUUCAAAACCUUCAUCAGAUCAACGGCGUGGCAUUCCUCUAAGGUUUCCAAGAAGGAAGAGAGAUGAAGAGGUGUCUCAGGAUUUGGCUCCAGUCCCCCCACUUCUCGGGCUGUUAAACCCCCAGGGUAUGACGUGACGCUGCUGAAUGGGGGCAUCUCGCCUGCUUCUCCCCUUUCCCCCAGCCCAUUCCCUCUUUAUGUUCUACCUGACACCCCAUCACCACAACUGCCGGCUGCAUUUUGCCUCCCAGAAUCCUGUGUGGUUCCAUUCCUCUCCCCAAUGGGGGGCGGCCGUGAUUGGCUGAGGGCCCUGUUCCAUGGAUAAAGGACGCUGUAAAUAUUUUCUGUACAGAGAUUUUCUCUGCCUUAUCCGAAUUCCCCUCUCCAGCACUGCCCCGAUAUUCUGUCAUGUUGUGUCCUGAGCCACAUCCACUGCUGAACCCCGUGCUGCCACCACCAGCUAGAUUUUUUGUUUUAUUGUUGCCCAAAAGCAAUGGAACAGCCCAAUCCAAACAUUUGUCCGUUUUAUACAAGCCGGGUCCACUGGGAAAUGUUGGCAAGUGUAGUCGCUUGUUGGAAUGUAACUACAGCCUGUGAGUAUCGCUUGCAUGAAGUUCUGCACAAGCUGUGACACCCUGGGGUUAUCUCUCCGUGGAAUCGCAAGGGUUAAAGACCAGUUCCAUCAUUAACCCUGUCAUUCCUGAGGACGGCAGUUGUAACAGCCCAUGGCAGGACACGAGUCCCAGACAGAAUAUGUGACUGUUUAUUCCUCCCUUCUCACGACUCCCUCGUUUUUAACUUAUAUCUUGUGUACAGAUGUGUGUGUCCCGUUGUGUUAGGCCGAGUGAAAUGUAUCACUGUACCAAUGGUUUGAAACCCAUUCAAUAAUCUACCUCUUCCAUUAAGUGUUUAUUUUUAUUAUGAUUUAUGUUUAAAUAUUUUUGUUUUUUCCUAAAUGUGAAAAAAAAAAAAAUCAGAAUCCCUGAAAACUUGAA